GAGCCCAUCAGGCGGGCCUAGACGGUGCUUUUCGACUAGUUGAAGGACAUGGGCUAGCGGAAUCGUUUCCGUGCUCGAUCGGCUCGACGGGUUCACCUCACGGUGAAGAAGUUUCAAGGACUCUUGAGCUACGGGGUGAGUCGGACGGAAGCUUGUUAGACCCGACAUCCAACCCGGCGGGGUCCGUUUGGUGGCCUGGACAAUGUUUUUGGGCUAGCUAGGUGGGCCACUAGGCCACGAGGCAAGUGGCUGCCUUCAUGGGCUCGAAAUGUAACGAGAUUGGACGACGCCGUCCGGGUGUUCGGCGUUUGUCUCGUGCCGAGGCCGGCCAGGUUCAUCCCCUGAAUCAUGCCAUCGUCAUAGAGUCAACCCAUCCCCUCCACACUCUAUGGUCACCCACUCUUUUCACUCCUCACUCCUCGAUCGCUGUCGCUCGUUAUGAUUCCGUCUCUCCGAUCUCGCGCACACAUUUUCCCUUCAUUUUGCCUCACUUGCUCGCCUCCCAAGCGAUCCUUCAGACCCUCGUCGCUCCCCGUCAAGUCCCUCUCCACCACCACAAUGUCCGCCUCCGGUCAGCUCAUUGAGCACAUCGUCCUCUUCAAGGCCAAGGACGGCACCGACCCCUCCCUGGUCAACGCCAUGGUCAGCAGCCUCAACGGCUUGGUCUCGCUCGACCCGGUCCUCCACCUCACUGCCGGCCCGGUCCUCCAGACCAGGUCCUCUCUCUUCGCCUUCACCCACAUGCUCCACAGCCGCUACCGGAGCAAGGACGACUUGGCCGCUUACUCCGCGCACCCGAGCCACAUGGGGGUCGUGAAAGAGUGCGUCUUGCCCAUCUGCGAGGACAUCAUGGCCGUCGAUUGGGUCGCCGACUGCGUCCCCGAGACCCUCGUGCCGCCCCCGGGGUCCGCCAUCAAGGUGAGCUUCCUCAAAUUGAAGGAGGGACUGGGGAACGGGGCGAAGAACGAGGUUAUGGGGGUGAUUGAGGGGAUUAAGGAUGGGUUUGCAAAGAUCGAGCAGGUGACAUGCGGGGAGAACUUCUCGCCCGCGCGGGCCAAGGGGUUCUCGAUUGCGUCUCUAGCGGUCUUUAGAAGUGUGGAGGAGAUGGAGGCCGCGGCGGCCGAUGAGGAGGCCGUGAAUUUGCGGAAGGAGAAGGUUAGGGAGUACUUGGAUGGCGUGAUCGUGGUGGAUUACAUGGUCCCGGAGCAGCCGACGAGCGCCAGCCUUUGAUGGGAGGUGGAUGAUUGCCUCCCUUGUUGAGGUUUAUGUCAUAUGCUUGUAUCUCUCUUGCUCUGACAGUUGAGAGACCUGAAACUGCUUCACGAUGAUUGAAUAAAUUAUAUGAUGAGCAGUCUUGCUACUUGAAUUGCA